UUUUUUUGUUGAAAAAUUCUCAUCAUUCUUUUUUUUUUAAUUUUACUGCAAAGUCAUUGUUAUCCAAUUGAAUUUCUAUUUCAAUUUUUAUUUUAUGUUAAUCGAUCUCAUUGUUUAAUUUUUUUUUCUAAAUAACCAAAGGUAGAAUAAACAAUGCUGUCAUCAAAUGUUUCAUCAUCAACAUCACAAUCAAAUCAAUCGAUUGCUAUGAUGAAUGCUGCAACUGUACAUGUAUCACAAUUAUCAUUGAAUCCUGUUGGUAAUUCUGGUGUUCCAGUUUCUACUGCUGUUACAUCUACGACUGCUGUAUCAUCGACUGGUUCAACACCGGUAUCUUCCGGCCUUAAUACACCAUUAACAAUAAUGCCAACUAGUGGUGUACAAUCUGCCGAAACUGAACGUAUUUUACAAUUGAUUGGUGAUCUACUUAAUUAUGAAACACGAGAACAUGCUUUAAUGGAAUUAUCUCGAAAACGUGAAAAUGUUGAAGAUCUUGCUGUUUUACUUUACAAUUCAUUCGGUGCCAUGGCUGCAUUAUUGAAGGAAAUCAUUUCGGUUUAUCCAACCAUUCAUCCGCCAACAUUGAAUGCACAUCAAUCGAAUCGUGUUUGUAAUGCACUUGCAUUGCUUCAAUGUGUUGCAUCACAUGCACAAACUCGUGGCGCUUUUCUUCAGGCUAAUAUACCAUUAUUUUUGUAUCCAUUUCUUAAUAUGAACACAUCAUCGAAAACACGUCCAUUCGAAUAUCUUCGAUUGACAUCAUUGGGUGUUAUUGGUGCAUUGGUUAAAACUGAUGAAAAAGAAGUUAUUAAUUUUUUGCUUAAAACUGAAAUCAUACCAUUAUGUUUGCGUAUUAUGGAAUCUGGAACUGAAUUAUCCAAAACUGUUGCAACAUUUAUUUUGCAGAAAAUUCUUCUUGAUGAAACUGGAUUGAAUUAUAUCUGUCAAACAUAUGAUCGUUUUUCACAUGUUGCCAUGAUUCUUGGUAAAAUGGUUGUUGCAUUGGCUAAAGAUCAAUCGGCACGUUUGUUAAAACAUGUUAUUCGUUGUUAUCUUCGUUUAUCGGAUAAUCCACGUGCACGUGAAGCAUUACGUCAUUGCUUACCUGAUCAUCUUAGAUCGAAUACAUUUGCAACUUGUUUGAAUAAUGAUCGUGGUACAAAAAGUUGGCUAAAUCAAUUAUUGAAAAAUAUUGAAAAAGAACCACAAUCAUCACAACAAUCACAAGUAAUGGGUGGUGGUCCAAAUGGUAAUGGAGGUAAUGUGGUUGGUCAAACAUCAUCAUCACCAGGAGCUGUACAAACAGCAACAGCAGGUAAUACUAAUUUAAUGCAUACAGCAGCCGGUAAUGUUCCUGUUUCCGUUGGACAAAUGAAUACACCAACUAAAUCGAACAAAAUGUAAAAUGUAAAUGAAAAAAAAAUGUCAUAAAUUAUUCAUUCAUGUCCAAAAAAAAAAA